AUGAAGCUCGGUGCUGGGCUUAUUGCUCCCAUGAUUAUAAUUUUGCUUUCUCUUACGAAUGAGUUAGCGAAAGCGGAAGUCAUUACACUGACCCCAGAAACCUUUUCUGACAAGGUGAAGGAGAAGGAUACUGCGUGGUUUGUAAAAUUUUGUGUUCCUUGGUGUAAGCACUGCAAGAAACUGGGGAACUUGUGGGAAGAAUUGGGAAAAGCAAUGGAAGGAGACGAUGAAAUUGAGAUUGGUGAAGUAGAUUGUGGCACUAGCAGAGCUGUUUGCACCAAAGUUGAGAUUCACUCAUAUCCAACAUUUAAGCUAUUUUACAAUGGCGAAGAAGUUACAAAAUACCAAGGAAAAAGAGACGUUGAAUCGCUCAAGGCAUUUGUUGUAGAGGAAACUGAAAAAGCAGCAGAAAAAGCACAGCUUGAAGACAAGGAACUGUGA